AUGCCAUUAACAACAAGAACAAGUCCAAAUGAUUUAAAUGAAACUACGUGUAAGAAAUCGGUGAAUUACGAAUUCCGUGCGCAAAGUGCUCCGACACUUUCACUUCAACAACUUAUUCGUUUCUCUGUUACUUCAGCCAAUGCUUCGGCAUGGAUACCAUCUGGUGUCUAUCAUCCACCUAGGUUUCAUGCUUAUCUAUCAUCUGAAAUCUCAGAGAAAUUAGUAACUUCUAAAAGUGCACAACGACCGUAUUCUUGUACACAAAGAAGUUCCAUCGAGACUAAUGUACCGAAAACUACUAAGAGAGUCGAAGCAUUUGAAUUACUACAGAGAGCUACGCAGAGUUCUUUACGAAAACGGUCGACGCCAUUCGAUUCAAGAAGACCACUGGGAACAUCAUUUCUUCAACCGGCUUGGAAACCAGCUGGAAAAAGAUCACAUUAA